CAAUUUGUAAUCGAUGACGAUCGCUCUUGAAUCAACAACAGAAGCAUAUAUAGUGAUUAUAGUAAUAAUCAUCAUCAUCAUCAUCAUCAUCAAAAUGACCACCAGUCAUUGUUCAUGUGUUUUCCAUAAACAUUUUUCCAUUUUCUAAUUUUGUUUGCGACAGCAGUUUGAAUUUUAAUCAUAUGAUGAUUGAAAUCGUAUUCUGAGAAAAAAAGUGUCGAUAAGAAUCCAUCAUUGAAGCUAUAACAUGAUUUCAUCUGCUAUUUUUAUUCAAUUUUGAAAAUGUACAUGUAAUUGAUUAAUUUAACCACAGGUUAAUCACUGGUUUUUCAUAUCUUUCAUUCGCGCUUUUUCAUAAUAACGUCAUUACCUUAUCAUCAUCAUCAUCAUAUUUAUUAUUUCUAUACCUUGCGCAAUUCUUUUUGAAUAUUCAAUUCAUUUAUCAUAGAUCGAUCGUUGUUGAUGACCUAUUCAUUUUCGUUUUCUCUGGUUAGAUGAACAAAUCAAAAAAAAAAAAAAAAAAAAAAAUGAGGCCAGAGAAAGUUGAAAAAUCACACAAAUAUUUGAAUGGUUGGUCAAUGGCCGAUGAUCAAAUCGUAUCAACCAUAUAGAGAGAAAGAAAGAGAAAGAGAGAUAAAGAUAAAACAGGUGUAGGCAAAUAUUUUAGUCGAAUACGACAAAAUAACUGUCAAUAGUGUGUCUGUUCAGGUGUUCUGGUUUCUCACUGACAUUUUUGAUGAAUAACAAGUUAGAUUGCCGUCAACCUGUGUGUUGAUGAUGAUCAAGAAAAGAAAAUCGAAUAAAUGCCUUACCGAACGAACUAGUGUCAUUCUGAUGAUGAUGAUAGCACUGCAUGAUGUCCUUAAUGAGCCAUCAGAAAAAAAACCAAGAAAAACAACAAACAAACAAAAAAUAGAUCAACGGACCGAAUGUGAACUAAUAUUAGCCAUCAUGUCAAACGACAACCAUCAAGACGAUGAUCAUCUUUUUUUCGUAUAUUUGUUCGUUCAUUCGUUCAUGGUACCAUAAUGGCAUAAUCGUCAUAAUGGCUAUGGCCAUCAUCGUCUUUUUUGAAACAAACGACCAUCGACCGAACUGUGCCAGAAGCGAGUGUGCGAAUUUUUCGGUUUUUUUUCCAGGAUCAUCAUCUGUUUGUUGGCCUGUGAGUGGUUAGAUUGGUGAAGAGCCCAAUUGCAAAAAUCUACUCGGUUGACCAAAUCUAAUCACCAUUGACAGACAAUUCGAUUGGUGAUGGUGGUGGUGGUGUUGCAGGUAGCCAACAGACUUUGAUCCAUUCAAGUGUUAGGCAAUGUACGUAUGCAUAGUGUGCAUUCAAUAUUGCCACCGGAUUGAUGUCCGAAUGUUUUGCCCACAAUGAUCAAUACCACACAAAUGUAUCUUAACAUAUGUGGCUUAUUGUUUUUACUCAUUGCCCAUAUUUCCAAUUGUCAAUCAUUCGAAGAUCGUCAUCAACAGUGUUCAACGCGAUCAACUCAUUUUGGCGUUCAUCCAUUAUCCGAAGAUUAUUAUGAUUCAUUAGAUUGUUCCUCAUCAUCUUCAUCAUCAUUGCCAACCGAUUAUGAGAUAUGGAAAGCCAUUAAAACCUCUUUGACUGAUUGGCAUCGAAAUCAAAAAUUUGCCUCAGCUGAUUCGAAUGAUGUGAAUCGCCAUAGGCGAUUAAUUCGAACAAAACGGGAACAGCUUUCAUCUUUACAGGGGGGUGAAGAUGAUGUUCAGCAAUCCCAAACACCACAGCAACAAGUUUGUUAUGAACAUUUUGGCUGUUUCCGGCACAAAGGACCCUUUGAUUAUCUCAACACUCUACCUGCUUCACCUGAAUCAAUCGGAACCACUUUCAGUCUUCAUACGCGAAAAAAUCCAAUAGAAGGCGAACCGUUGGAUUAUGAUGAUGAUGAUGAUGAUAAUGAUCAGGAUUCAUCGACGACUGGUAAAUCAAUACCGAUUCAUAGUUCAUUCAAUAGUACAAAUGGUGUGAAAAUAAUCAUACAUGGCUUCGGUUCAUCAAGCAAACGGCCAUGGGUACAAAAAAUGACCGAAGUACUACUUCAAUUGGAUGAUUUCAAUAUCAUCAACGUAGAUUGGCAAAAUGGCUCCAAAUUGCCCAAUUAUGUGCAAGCAGCCGCAAACACUCAAUUGGUGGGCAAACAAAUUGCACGACUAAUCCGAAAGAUUGAACGCCUGUACUAUGUUCCUCCUUCUCGAUUUCAUUUGAUUGGAUUCUCACUUGGUGCUCACGUUGCUGGAUUCGCUGGUCAAGAAAUAACGAAUAUAAGUCGCAUCACUGGUCUUGAUCCUGCAUCGCCACUUUUUGAAGGAUAUCCGGUUAAUGUUCGGCUUGAUCCAAGUGAUGCAAAAUUCGUCGAUGUCAUACAUUCGAAUGGAGAUGGAUUUAUACGCGGUGGACUGGGCGUAUAUGAACCAAUGGGUUCCGUUGACUUUUACCCAAAUGGUGGUAGGGUCCAGGUUGGUUGUAGUACGGCGUUGGGAGCCUUAACCAACAUACUGUAUCAUGGACAAUGGAAUCUUUUAUGCAAUCAUCGCCGAGCUUUCCGCUUUUUCAUCGAUUCUGUACAUCAGGAUUGUACAUUUCGAGCAUUCUCCUGCACUAGCUAUGAGGAUUAUGUCCGCGGAUUAUGUUUCUAUUGUGGACCUGAUGGCCGUAGAUGUUCGAAUAUGGGUUAUUUUGCCAAUCUUUCACAAGGUCGUGGUCAAAUGUAUCUGAUCACCAGAGAUAAGGAGCCAUUCUGUGUAAAUCAGUUUAGGGUGCAAAUACAAUUCACUAAAGAACAAGGUGUAACCUGGGGUCAGAUCGAAUUGCAAUUGAUAAAUGCAGAUGGAAUGAACGAAACGUUUACUUUAACCCAAGAGGUGGAUCAGCUCAAAGAAUCUGAACGAAUCCAAGGUUUAAUUGUGGCACAUCCUAAAUUGACGAAUGUGAGUGAAAUAACCCUCACCUAUACAAAAUAUCGAGGCUGGAUCUACUAUGGUCUGAAUGAAUGGCAUAUCGAUCGUAUCGAAUUAUUGGACAGUAAUUUUGUCAUCAAGACAUAUUGUCGACAACGAAUCACAUUACCUAAUACAGUACCGGUUCAUUUGAAAUUAUUCGCCACUAAUUGCACUAUUAAUCUCAACGGUGAUAAUCAUCAGCAAGGACUUUUUCCGAAUAUGAAAAACAAUGAAAUAAAUGUGCCUGAAUCACAAAAACAAAUGCCGGUUAGAACCGGUACAACGUGGCCACCAAACAUAAUCAAUACACAUCCUUCUGUCCGUCCUUCUAUUUAUGCAGCUUAUAUGAUAAGACCAACAGGUGCCGAACAACACUUGACCACUGCCAUCUCGAAUCCAAGUUCUUUACAGCCAAUGCAUGUAUCUUAUGAUUAUGAUAUGGCUAGUGCAGGUGGACCAUUUCUAAAUCAAGACCAAAAUGGACAAUCUCCACCCUUGUUCGAAUUGUUGUCACGGCAUUCAUAUGGUCGUGAUCGGACAAACAAAGCUGAAUCAAUAUCCGAUAACCAAAAUUCUGAUUCCGUUGAUCAAUCAGCUAAUGUGAACCAUCAACAACCGCAAACAAAUAGUAUUAUUACGCCCAUACUUAAUGGAGCAUCAAGAAUGUUCUGGAAAUUCUGGACUAAUUUUAAUCAGCCCCCAUCACCGACAAUGGCAACAUCUACUACAACAGCUAAUCAUUCGGCAUAUGGAAUGACAUCAACACUUCAUUCGCACCAAAUGGCAUCAGCUUCAUCUGGUACAUUUGGUAUGAGAGCGGUUCCAUCAUCACCAAUGACAAUUCAACAGCCAAUAGUCGAUCGAAUUCUCAUUUUAUCUCCUAUGACAGGAGUGAGCGAGCAUCUUCAGAAACCAGAACCAAAAUUGGGCAAUGAUAUCGACAAUAAUAUGAAUGUUGGGCAAGAAAUACUGUCUCAAUUUGAAAAUGAAGAUGAUCAAGAAAACACCGAUAUCAAAAAUAAUAAUCAGAAUGAUAAUGAAAUAAUUGGAACUAGCAAAAAACCGUUCCGUGGUGCUGGUGCAGACAAACAUUAUAUCCUAUAUUCAAUCAUUCCCAUGGGUAGUACAAAUAAUGAUGAACAGCGAUCAUCGAUGAGUCCAAUUCGUCAUACAACAGCUACUAUCAUGUUGCAGCCAAUACAUUUAAUCAAUACAUAUCAAGUGAUUCCCAGUAAUAAUUACAAUGACAAUAAUAAUAACAUGAUGAUCAGUACCACAAUGAUGACACCAAUAGUAUCAUCAUCGAAAAAUAGAAACCUACUUUCUCCUUCGGCACCACCAUUAGAAUGAUUCAUGAGAUAAUUUGUGUUCAUUUUAAUUGCAUUAAAACAAUUGAUGAUGAUUAUCGAUAUAUAUCAACUUAUUUCGUAAUUGUAAUGAUUUUUUUUAUUGUAUUCAUCACUCUUAUAAUAUAAUGAA